UUAGGGGAAAGAAAACGUGUAAGAAAAUUGUUAUAAAAAAUGGAAUAUGGGCCGCUGGAAGAACCUGAGUGGUUGGAUCUUGAAGGACAUUUAGGUGGGUAUAUAUACAGUGGAAAGGUCUUAGAUCCCCUCAUUCUUCGCCAGAAGAACUUUUCCCAUUGUCCCAUUUUCCUCCCCUACCUUUCUUCUUCUUCUUCUUAACCCAGAUUUUCUAUCUUUUCUCUGUUUGCUUUUUCAUCUCGUUCUUCUUUCUUUGAUCUAAUAGCUGAAGACCCAGAAAGGAUAUUAAAAAUGGUGAAGAUCUGUUGCAUUGGAGCUGGGUAUGUCGGUGGGCCUACCAUGGCUGUCAUUGCUCUGAAAUGCCCCGAAAUUGAAGUGGCUGUUGUGGAUAUUUCUGUGUCUAGAAUUAAUGCCUGGAACAGUGAUGCACUCCCCAUCUACGAGCCAGGUCUCGAUGAUGUGGUGAAGCAGUGCAGAGGAAAGAACCUUUUCUUUAGCACUGAUGUGGAGAAGCAUGUUUCCGAGGCUAAUAUAGUGUUUGUUUCAGUUAACACCCCAACCAAAACUCAAGGUCUUGGAGCUGGAAAAGCCGCUGAUCUGACCUACUGGGAGAGUGCUGCUCGUAUGAUCGCCGAUGUAUCAAAAUCUGACAAGAUUGUGGUUGAGAAGUCAACUGUUCCUGUUAAAACAGCUGAGGCAAUAGAGAAAAUUUUGACCCACAACAGCAAAGGCAUCAACUUUCAGAUUCUCUCCAACCCUGAAUUCCUUGCAGAGGGAACUGCAAUUGAGGACCUAUUCCAACCUGACCGUGUUCUUAUAGGAGGCAGGGAGACCCCAGAAGGUCAAAAGGCUAUUGAAGCAUUGCGGGAUGUUUAUGCCCACUGGGUCCCUGUGGACCGGAUCAUAUGCACCAACCUCUGGUCUGCUGAGCUGUCGAAGCUUGCUGCCAAUGCCUUCUUGGCACAGAGGAUCUCUUCUGUUAAUGCCAUGUCAGCCUUGUGUGAGGCCACUGGUGCUGAUGUGAGCCAAGUGUCUCAUGCUGUUGGGAAGGAUACAAGAAUAGGACCCAAGUUCUUGAAUGCUAGCGUGGGUUUUGGGGGAUCUUGUUUCCAAAAGGAUAUUCUGAACUUGGUCUAUAUUUGUGAGUGCAAUGGCCUCCCAGAGGUAGCAAAUUACUGGAAACAAGUCAUUAAGGUGAAUGACUACCAGAAAACUCGCUUUGUGAACAGGAUUGUUUCCUCAAUGUUUAACACAGUAUCAGGGAAGAAGAUUGCCAUUCUUGGAUUUGCUUUCAAGAAGGACACUGGUGACACUAGGGAGACCCCAGCUAUUGAUGUGUGCAAAGGGCUGUUGGGUGACAAGGCUAGACUGAGCAUUUACGACCCUCAAGUCAACGAAGAGCAGAUUCAGAGAGAUCUUUCAAUGAAGAAGUUUGACUGGGACCAUCCACUUCAUCUUCAGCCAAUGAGCCCUAGUUCUAUCAAGCAAGUUAGUGUUGUUUGGGACGCCUAUGCGGCAACAAAGGAUGCUCAUGGCAUCUGCAUUCUGACAGAGUGGGAUGAGUUUAAGACCCUUGAUUACCAAAAGAUUUAUGAUAACAUGCGGAAGCCUGCGUUCGUCUUCGAUGGUCGUAACAUCGCGGAUGUAGCUAAGCUGAGGGAAAUUGGGUUCAUUGUCUACUCCAUUGGCAAGCCCUUGGAUCCAUGGCUUAAGGACAUGCCAGCUGUGGCAUAGAAGCAUAUUGUGGAGCAAGGUGCCGGGUUGGGCUAGAACUGACAAUUUUUGAGAUACAUAUAACCCGAUCAAUUUUUUUUUUCUUUUCCAAUUACAUUUUGUUUCUUCUAGUUUUAAAAUUCUGCUAUUUCUGCUUAUAUUUGGUUACAUGACACAGUAGUGUCUGCAUCUGUCUUUAGCCAGUGGAAUAUCUGAUUUGUUAUUGGCUUAAUGUAAUAAAACCUUUACCAGUGAAUUUUUAUACCAGUUAUCUCAUGCAUCAUACAUGCUUAUUGAAUUA